AAGAUGAAUAUUAUAAUAUUCGCGGCCUUGCUUUUCACGGCGGUUUCCGGCACGGCAGCCGCCGGCAGCUCCUCCUCUCAUCUCUCCAAAAAGUUCUACCACACCAGCUGUCCUAACCUCUUCCCCAUCGUCAAAUCCAUCCUUAAACAUCAAAUCUCAAAGGAACGACGCAUCGGAGCUUCUCUCCUCCGUCUCCACUUCCACGACUGUUUCGUCAACGGAUGCGAUGCAUCAGUAUUGCUAGACGAUCACGGGUCAUUCAUAGGCGAGCAAAAUGCAAAUCCCAACAAAAACUCGCUUAGAAGUUUCAAUGUGAUCGAUAAAAUCAAGUCUAGAGUUGAGAAGUCGUGUCCUGGCGUAGUGUCGUGUGCUGAUAUCUUGACUAUUGCUGCUCGGGAUUCCGUUGCAUUGCUUGGAGGGCCGUUUUGGAAUGUUAAACUCGGGCGAAGAGACUCGAAAACAGCAAGCUUUUCUGAUGCCAAUAGCGGAUUGCUUCCUUCACCAAACUCCAAUCUCUCCGUUCUAAUCUCUACGUUUAAAAAACAAGGCCUUUCUACCACCGACAUGGUUGCCCUCUCAGGAGGUCACACUAUUGGACUAGCGAGAUGCAGUCAAUUCAAAACCCGCAUAUACAAGAAGAGCAAUAUCGACACUGGAUUUGCAAAGAAGAGACAGCGACAGUGUCCCAAAGAACAACGCAUAGGUAUCGACAAUCUUGCUCCAUUCGACAUCCAAACGCCCAUGGAUUUCGACAACAAAUACUUCGACAACCUUAUUAAGAAGAAAGGUCUGCUACAUUCCGACCAGGUGCUGUUUUCUGGCGGCUCCACUGACUCUCUAGUUAAAAAGUACAGCCGAGACAGUGAGGCCUUCAAUCGAGACUUCGUUCGAGCCAUGAUUAAGAUGGCUCACAUCCAACCCCUCACUGGGUCCAACGGCGAGAUUAGAAAAGUCUGCGGAAGACCCAAUUGAAAUCGCUCUCCACUCUCAUUUCCUGAUUGAUAUAUGAUCCAUCGUGUUCCUGUUCCUGUUCGUAUUUUCUUUUAUGUGACAUAUGUGUUUUUUUUAAUAUCGUUCAAUAAACGAAAUAAU